AUGCUGGGACCGUUUUGUUCAAACAGCCGAUGGUGCCUGGUACUGCUGAUAUUGCAAGGCGCAGCCCUCACCGUGCGUUCCGACGAACCGAGACGUGAUGCAAAUUAUCCUCCGCCGGAAUUGCUCGAAAAGAUGAAACCGAUGCACGAUGCCUGCGUUGCUGAGACCGGUGUGUCCGAAGAUGCUAUCAAGCGAUUUAGCGAUCAGGAAAUCCACGAGGACGAUAAGCUCAAGUGCUACAUGAACUGUCUCUUUCAUCAGGCGGGAGUAGUGAAUGAUAAGGGCGAGUUCCAUUAUGUGAAAAUUCAAGAUUUUCUACCCGAAUCGAUGCAUCUUAUCACGCUUAACUGGUUCAAGCGGUGUCUCUAUCCGGAAGGUGAAACGCCCUGCGAUAAGGCGUUCUGGCUCAACAAGUGCUGGAAAACGAAAGAUCCAGUACAUUACUUUUUACCCUAG